AUGCGGCUUCUGCUUUGGGUUGCUCUGGUAGCAAUAUUUGCUACCAGUGUAUAUGCGUGGACCAAGGAGGACCAUGAGAUAUUUGAUCUUGUGAGCGCCGUGGAGGCCUCCGAGGGCAAGGGCACGACGUUCUACUCCUGGUUGGGCGUGCCCUCGACGGCGUCCACCGCUGAAAUUGGCAAGGCGUACCGCAAGAAGAGCAUGCAGCUACACCCAGACAAGAACCCCGGCGUCAAGGGUGCUCAGGAGCGAUUCGCGCGGUUGGGCGUCGUUGCCGCGUUGCUGAGGAAUGCAGAGACGCGUGAAAGGUACAACUUCUUUUACAAGAACGGCGUGCCGAAAUGGCGAGGAACCGGUUAUUACUAUUCACGCUUCCGCCCGGGCUUAUUUACCGUGCUGGUGUUCUUGACACUGCUCACGUCCGCUCUGCACUACCUUGUGCAACGCAUGAACUACAAGCGAGACCUCGCCAUCGUCGAACGUACCCUCAAAGAAGCGCGUCAACAAGCAUGGGGCACCCGGUUGGCACCGCCUGACUCCAGCAGGAAAGUGAAGGUCAACCUCGGUGGCCAACCUCGUCUGGACGAAAACGGCAACGUCGUGGGCGGGAAGGUUCUCGACAUGGUGGUUCAGCCAAACGGCGACGUCUUCAUUUACCAGCCGGACGGGGACCUCAUCCCUGUGGAUACAUCCGCUGCGACACCGCCAUCCAUUCGGAGAACGUGGUUCGUCGCUCUAUUGACAGCAUUGUUCGCAAAGGCCACGGGUAAAAGCGGUACUGCCCACGAUGUUGCAUCAGCGGGAAUGGCAGAAAAGCAGGACGAUUCCGAAACGGAUGACGUAGAUUCGGAUGUUCCGGGAAGCGGCAGCGUAACGCCAAGCUACGACAGCGAGAGGCCUGAGAGUAGUCUCUCCAUGAACAUCAAAGGUGGUCGUUUGGCGACCUCGAAGGCCGGAGGCAAGAGGAGGAAGACUGUUCGGAAACGAUGAACAGGAAUUUCGGUGGAGAUACCUCUGUUCUAGACUAUACCCUGCAUAUCGCGGAAUAGAAUGGUGCGACG